AUGUCUAAGGGAAAGGUUUGCUUGGCCUACUCCGGUGGCCUCGAUACUAGCUGCAUCCUCAAGUACCUUAUUGAGGAGGGCUAUGAGGUCGUCUGUUUCAUGGCCGAUGUUGGUCAGGAAGAGGACUUCGAGGCUGCCCGCGAGAAGGCCGUGAAGAUCGGUGCUCUCAAGUGCGAGAUUGUUGAUCUCCGCCGUGAGUUCAUCGAGGAGCUUUGCUUCCCCGCUAUUGCUUGCAAUGCCGUCUACGAGAACGUUUACCUGCUCGGUACCUCCCUGGCCCGCCCUGUGAUCGCUCGUGCUCAGAUUGCUGUUGCUGAGGCCGAGGGUUGUUUCGCCGUCUCCCACGGCUGCACCGGUAAGGGUAACGACCAGGUCCGCUUCGAGCUUGCCUUCUAUGCCCUCCAGCCCAAGAUCAAGGUUAUUGCCCCUUGGCGCGACCCUGUCUUCUACGAGCGCUUCGCUGGCCGUAACGACCUCCUUGCCUACGCCGCCGAGAAGGGCAUUCCCGUCACCUCCACCAAGUCUAAGCCCUGGAGCAUGGACGAGAACCUGGCUCACUGCUCAUACGAGGCUGGUAUCUUGGAGGACCCUGACACCACUCCUCCUGCCGACAUGUGGAAGCUGACCCAGGACCCCCUGUCUGCUCCCGAUCAACCCGAGGACUUCACUCUCCACUUCGAGAAGGGUGUCCCCGUCAAGCUCGAGUUCACUGAGAAUGGCCAGAAGAAGGCUGUCACCGACUCCGUCGACGUCUUCCUGACUGCCAACACCAUUGCCCGUCGCCACGGCGUUGGCCGCAUUGAUAUCGUUGAGAACCGCUUCAUCGGUAUCAAGUCUCGCGGUUGCUACGAGACCCCUGGUCUUACCUGCCUGCGCACUGCUCACAUUGACCUGGAGGGUCUUGUCAUGGACCGUGAGGUUCGUGCCCUGCGUGACCAGUUCGUCACCUUCAACUACUCCAAGCUCCUUUACAACGGUCUUUACUUCUCCCCCGAGCGCGAGUUCCUCGAGUCUUCCAUUGUUGCCUCCCAGAAGAGCGUCAACGGUCAGGUUCGCUGCCGUGCCUACAAGGGCAGCGUUUCCGUCCUGGGUCGCUCCUCCGAGACUGAGAAGCUCUACGACAUGACCGAGUCCAGCAUGGACGAGAUUGGUGACUUCUCCCCGCCGAGACCACUGGUUUCAUCACCGUGUCUGCCAUCCGCCUCAAGAAGUACGGCCAGAUGA